CGACCAUCAUCAUCGCAGUCGCAAACCUCCACUUGAAUCCUCGUCAUGUCCGUGCAACUUGCACGGUUGACGCGUCUUUCUUUUGUCCGCGUGUCCCCGGGUACUUCCUCCAGAUCGUUCCAUGCCCUCUCGAAGCGGACAGCAGGACAGAACACGAGGGCAAUCCGGCAAAACAGCGGAAGACGAUGGGCGACAUCGACUACUCCGACCUCUUCUGCUGUGAACCCCGCUGAGGUUGAAGCGAUGCAAUGCCUCGAAGACGGCACUCAAAAGCUGGAGGAGGGCGACGUGCAGGCUGCUAAGUCGCUAUACCAGCGCAGCGUGGAUAUCAAGCGGACCGCCAGCGGAUUAUUCAACCUGGGCGUGACUUAUUACCACUUGAAGGAGUAUGACCAGGCUAUCUCAUGCUGGAAGGACUCAAUAGUGCUACAGCCCUCAAGUCCCGAUGCGCACACGAACCUUGCCAGCGCGUACAUCGUUUCGCCAGUCAGCCGGCCAGACCUCGCGCUGCAUCACCUGCGUGUUGCAUCGUCGCUCGCACCAGAAGACGGAGAAAUCGCUUUCAACCUCGCGGCUGUUCUCGAGGCAUGCGGCCUCCUUGAGGAGUCCCUUCAGCAGUACAAGAAGAGCAAGGAGUUUGGUGUGGAGCGCGCUGCUAUGCACAUGCGCAACGUGAGCGCGAAGAUCCUAGGCAAGAAGAUGAAGGCUGCCGAAGCGGAGGUAGCGCAGGACAAGAGCGAGUCAACCGCUUAAGCUCAACCCCUUGUCCGGAACGCAUACCUUCACUGUACGCGACAUGCUCCCGAAGCAGGUAUACAUGUUCUUGUCGCGUCUAUUAUCCAUUGUACGAAUGGAAUCUAAUCCAGCCCCUUUCCAACAUAAAUAACAAUAGUUAUGUGACUACGUACUACAGCGUGAGUGAAUGUCAAUGAU